AUGCCAUCUGAACCAGUGAAGGUUUCAGCAGUAGGGAGCACGAUGGCAGAGGCGACGUUUGGUGGAGCUUCUUCGGCGAGCGCUGCGCGGCCGCGCCGCGAGGGCGCGCAUGGAGCGCGCACCGUGCUGUGCGCAAUCGAUGGCUCGGAGCACUCCCACCGGGCAUUCCAUUUUGCCCUGCACAAAAUCAUCUGCGGCCCAGAGGAUCGCGUCAUCCUGUUCCACGCCCUCAAGCCCUUGAACAUUUUUAACCACCCGGUCAUCCUAAACAUGACCACCGAGGAGCGGGCCGCGGUCGUCCGACAGUCCGAAGCCGCGGCGCGCGAGAGCCUCAAAGUUUUUCAAGAGCGCGCUGCAAGCACCGGGGUUCGCACCGAGUUGGUGGUGGUGGUGGGGGAUCCCCGGGAGCAGGUCAGCAAGUACGUCAGCGAGCACCCCGUUGACAUGGUCGUGCUGGGCGCCCGGGGGGCGGCCGACAGCUCGACACCCCCCCACAAUAACCGCUUCCGACUGGGCAGCGUGAGCUCCCACCUGGUCCAGCACUGCCCGGUACCCACCGUGGUGGUUCCGGAACCACGUGACACCAGAGCCUUGGGAGGCUAG